AUGAGGCCUGGCAACCAUAGAGCGGGAGAGGCGGCCGAUCCCCUGGUCCGGUGCCAUGAGAUGCUGACACAGCACAAGCAGGUCGCGGUCCACACCUGAGAGACAAGUCGAGACCGGAGCGGGAGCAAAGGGGGAAUGCACGGGGAAGUAAGCAACACGACGCUGCACCCAACAUGGCAGACGCCACACAACACUUAAUAAUAUAUAUGCAAGAACACUUAAUAAUAUAUAUGUGAGAUAACAUUAAGUGGUCUUGCUAUGAAAGAACACUUAACUAGAAAAGCUACAAUUUCUGGGGAAAUUGUGUGAAGUGUUCUUGCCUCCACCAGUAGUCUACAACUGGAGUGGGCGGAGUAACUGUUCUCAUUUAUAUAGCACAUUUAAUUGCAACGUUGUUGCACAGUUACAUUAAACCAUACAUUUAUAAAAACAUUAGCAGGUGUUUAAAAGGCCCUGUCUAUGACAUCACUUGCUGCUGCAGCCUGACACAGGUCAGAGUAUAAACUAUAAAUCCUACAGUGAAGAGCUUUAUAUUGUGAGAAUCACAAGACCCAGACCUACAUUUUGAUGCAUAGUAUGUCUCUACAGACCCACAGCAUGGGACCCGGCAAAGACUAGAAGCAAUCCUCGACAAUUUCUGGCUCAAGCUGGAGACCAAACUGAAUCCGACAGCCUCACCACGGAUAAGCAAAAGCCAUAAAAGCAACAAGCAUGGCGCUACCGAGAGGGCUGCCGAGCCACAACCCAAACAGAGCAACAUGGGCCUAUCAGCGCGAGAGCAGAAGGAAGCCUGUAAACCCAAAUUAAAAACCAAACCAGCAUCUCCCGUCAAAAGGGCGUACAAAGCUGCUGUCCUGACUACCCGACAUCCUUCUGGGCUGGGAGCCCAUCAGGGGUUUACCCCAUGCCGUCCAUACACCCGUGGGGACACCCGGGACAGGGAGAACCCGCAGGCCCUCGAGCUAACCACCAUGUCUGGGAGGCUCCAUGGACACAAGGCGAGGGCUCUCGCUAAGGCCCGGAGCCAGAGAGCUGGGAAAUCGAGCUGCAGCGGGAACACCCGAACGGAACGGCGAGACCACCAUCACACGACCACCCCCCCUUCUUCCAGAGGAAAUCGCAUACAGACACCAGCCAGGAGAAGCAAUACCGACCUGUGGACACUACCUCUGAGCACUACCUAUGCCUCACUUACAGGCACCACGAGCGUGCCGACUAGGGGAGUCGGCUGA